AUGGCUUUCCCUUGCCAUUUGUUGAACUUUUGGAGAAGUCCAAUCCUCUUGUGGCAGCCACAACAGAGGGGUUCAUCCUUGGAGCCUCAUACUCCUCAAAGUAAUAGCACUCAGGCUCACCCAAAUCCGCACUCUCCUGGCCUGAUCUUCAGCUCGAUCCUCAGCUCGACUCAGCUCGAUCGAGCUCAGGCUCCUCUUCUCGCAUCAUCCUCAUGCCCAACUAAUGUGUACACAGGGGGUCUGAAGUCAAUGUUCUCACCCCUUGCUACUGUGGUGAGCUCUGGGUUAGGCAGGAGAAGCUUGGAGGGUCCAGCCAAUGGAUGUGUGAACUUGAAUUGGAAUCUCCCAUCCAACUCCUUGUGCUCAAUGAGAAGGUUGGUCUUGCAAAACUUGAUGUCCAUCCAACCUGGUUCAGUGGCUCUCUAUCAGUUGGGUUCACUCCAGCAGCACACAAGAUAG